CAUUUUGUGUCAAAAAUGGUCGCAUACGCGCAAUACGCGCUAUACGCGCUAUACGCGCCUACGUCACUCGCCUAGAUGAGCCCGCCAAAAACUCCCCCCCCCCCGCUAUUUUCUUUUGUUCUGAAACAUGGCUGAUAUCGGCACCAUCGCUGCGCUUUAUUUGCUGUGGGAGUCCGAGGAGCGUCGCAAACGCAAACGCCGUCGUGUUUGGGUGCACAACAUCCUCCGGAGACGGCUACACCACUUGCUCCAAGAACUCCACCUGGAUGACGGCCGGUUUCAGCGGUACUUUCGACUGAGUCGGGCCCAGUUCGAUGACCUGCUAGCCCGGGUUGGUGCCAGGAUCUCCCGUCAGGACACCAACUACAGGCGCUCCAUAUCAGCUGCGGAGCGCCUGUCUGUCUGUCUCCGAUUCCUGGCUACUGGCGAUUCGUUCCGGACGAUAGCCACCAGCUUCCGGGUCGGGUCCUCCACCGUGGCUUCCAUCGUGUCCGAUGGGGUGACGGCUAUAUGGGACUGCCUGGUGGAGGAGUUCAUGGCUGUGCCCACUACCGAGGACUGGAGGGUGAUUGCGCAGCAGUUCGAGGAGCAGUGGAACUUCCCUCUCUGUUGCGGUGCCAUCGAUGGGAAGCAUGUUGUUCUGAAGGCCCCUGCGAACUCCGGUUCGCAGUUCUUCAACUACAAGGGAACAUUUUCCAUUGUUCUCUUGGCAGUUGUCGACGCAGACAAGUGCUUCCGCAUCAUCGAUGUGGGGGGCUAUGGGAGAACCAGUGAUGGAGGAAUUCUGGCCAACUCGGUGUUUGGUCAGGCCCUCCGAGCUGGCGAUCUCAAGCUCCCUGCUGACAGAGUACUGUCAGCGGCUGCGCAGAGAGGACCCCUGCCUCAUGUGUUUGUAGCGGACGAGGCCUUUCCGCUACGGACCAACCUCAUGAGGCCAUUCCCCGGACGCAUCCUCCCCCGAGAGCGGCGCGUGUUCAACUACCGACUGUCCCGGGCUCGGUUGGUGGUUGAGAACGCCUUCGGCAUCCUCUCCUCCCAGUGGCGGAUCUACCGGAGGGUCAUCGAGGUCCGUCCUGAGCUGGCGGAGAGAUGCGUCAAGGCCACCUGUGUGCUCCACAACCUCCUCCGCAGAACAGCACCAACAGCAGAAGUGAGAGAUUGCCUCCCUGUUGGUGUGGUGUUGCCUCUGCCAGGGCUGGGGAGAGUGGCUGCCAACAACGCCGGGAGAGAGGCCAUCCGGAUCCGCGAGACCUUCACCUCCUACUUCUCUGCAGAAGGGACCGUCUCGUGGCAUGACACCAUCGUAUAGUGCAGUGCACAACAACCCCAAAACGGCUCUUUUAAGAGCCACCCACACAAAACAAAAGGGAUUCCUUCAUUAUUAUUAAAUUGUUUUUAAAAUUGUUCAAUUAAGUAGUGUUAUUAAAAAUGUAUAUUUGUGUC